UUCUGUUUAGUUUUGUCUUUGGCUUUAUAAAGGUGGGGUUAAAAUUUUAAGAAUCCAGUCAGACAUCAUCCAGUUAAAUCAUGAGUUCAACCGAGUUUAAUAUUGGAAUCACUGAUGAAAAAACCUCAAGCAGAGUUCUGAAGCCUCCAGGAGGAGGGCAUUCUGACAUUUUCGGAUCUCCGGAAGUUAAAGCAAAUCCACCGCGCCCAAAGUAUAAUCAACAAAACUCUUCCAAUAUGAAUUGCGUUAUGGGUACAGUUGACCCAAAUAUCAAAGUAGAGCAAAUUCAGCACAACUUUGUUGAAACGGAACCAACUGCUAAUUCUGCACAGGCGAAGGCGAAUAAUCCGGCUCAAUCAGCUCAACAAGAUGCUUCGCAAAAUGCAGGAGGACGUGCUCGUGUUCCGCCCGGUGGCUUUUCUUCAGGUUUAUGGUAAAACUGCUCAAUGUUGUUGGUGUGACCGAAGCAUACAUCACGCUUUUUUGAAGCCUGUUGAAACCUCAUGCAUUUUGGAAUGUUUACCUGAUUUAUCUGAUUGCUUACUGCUACUCUUACAAUGUUUUUCAACUUUACAUACAUGACAUACUGUUAACCAAAGAACAUUACCAUACUGUAUGCAUUUCAUGCCAAAUCAUAUAUGUGGACCAUGAUUUGGAGACCAGUACUUAAUAAUUCCUUUACAACCAACAUUAUAGAAGUGAUCUCGAACGAAGCAUUUAAACUGCACAUUACAUGUUUUAUUCUCAAGGACUUAAGCUUAACUUCGCUAUUCAAAUCGAUGCAGGUACUCAGAAUCACUUAAAUACUAUCUUAAACAGACACUGUUCUACAAAUUUGCAUGAUUAACAGUUCCACUUUUCGAUUGAUGUAUUUAAAGUAAGCUGCCCGACAAAGAACCAAUACGAAUAAAUAAAGCUUCAGUUCAAACUGUUGGG